AUGGCCCUCAUGGAAGGUUUUAAUCUUGCAUUAGAGGAAUGUGGCCUCCUCUUUGACUUGGGUAUGAGGGGCAAGAGAUUUACUUGGGAACGAGGUAGAGGAACAGAGAACUGGGUUGAAGAGAGAUUGGAUAGGGCAGUAGCUAUGGCUGAUUGGUGUACAUUAUUUCCUCAUGCCACAGUGUACAACCAUGAUGUUCUGAAGGACACUGGCUGCAAGGAUGUGGUGGUUAACUCUUGGAUUUCGUAUUCGGGCGAAGUGUUGCCAACACGUUUGGAAAAGUGCAGUUUGGACCUUAAAAAGUGGGGUGGUGAUUUUGUGAGGAGGAUUGGAAGAGAGAUUGAUCUGUUGCAAUCUCAGUUGAAUAAUUUACGAGGACGGCGAGAUGUAACAACGUUGGUUACAGUGAAAGAAUUGGAUGCUAAACUACGUGUCUUGCUCGAUCAGCAGAAUGUUUAUUGGCGUCAGAGAGCCAAACAACACUGGUUAUUUCAGGGAGAUAGGAAUACAAAGUUUUUUCACCAGUAUGCAUCAGCUAGAAAGAGGAAAAACCGAAUUCUGAAACUUCGGGAUGAUUCGGAUCAAUGGGUUGAGGGAGGCGAAGUGUUGCGGUUAGCCAUGCAAUAUUUUCAGACAGUCUUUACGUCUAAGGGAUCUGUUCAGGGGGACUCCUUGGAUGGUCUUCUACCUUCUAUCUGUGAUGAUGAUAAUCAGAAGCUGCUAAGGCCUUUUGGGAUUGAUGAAGUAAAGGAUGCACUUUUUUCGAUGGCACCGGACAAAUCACUAGGUCCGGAUGGUUAUAGCCCGACUUUCUAUCAACAUUUCUGGGGAGAAAUGGGUCAUGACAUAGCCUAG